GUGGGCUGUCACCCCAGUCAGCUGAGUACGGCGGCUCCGGAGGGGGACAUUUGUUUGGGGUGGGGGAAGCUUCAUCUGGCUAUCGUCCUGAUUUUUAGUAGUAGAUGAAGAAAGUAUUCUUAUAGAACUUCAGACAAGAUUGGACAGCAACUUCUCAAGAGACCGACCUCCUCACACCCCACAGAAGAUGAUUGACACGCUUGUAACAUCAGAAGCUCAGGACCUUCUUCACCAGCUGAACUCGCUCUUGGAACAGGAGCUGAAAUGCCAGCCGAAAGCUUGUGGUUUGCGGCUGAUUGAAACGACGCAUGACAAUGGCCUCCGGAUGACUGCCAGACUUCGUGACUUUGAAGUGAAAGAUUUACUUAGCUUAACUCAGUUCUUUGGUUUCAAUACAGAGACCUUCUCCUUAUCUGUGAACCUUCUGGACCGCUUUUUAGCUAAAAUGAAGGUGCAGCCAAAACAUCUAGGCUGUGUUGGCCUCACCUGCUUCUAUCUAGCUGUAAAAGCCACGGAAGAGGAGAGAAAUGUUCCCCUGGCAACAGAUUUAAUCAGAAUAAGCCAGUAUAAGUUCAGUGUGUUUGACAUGAUGCGGAUGGAGAAGAUUGUGUUAGAAAAGCUGAGCUGGAAAGUGAAAUCUACAACUGCAUUAAACCUGUUACACCUAUACCAUUCCCUCAUGUAUGAGAACCUGCCUAGUGAAAGGCAAAGGCUAUUUACAUUAGAGAGACUUGAAACAAAUCUGAAAGCCUGUCAUUGUAAGAUCGGAUUCUCCAAAGCAAAGCCCUCUGUGUUGGCCUUGUCAAUUUUGGCUUUUGAAGUUCAAGAACAGAAGUUGCAUGAACUGACAGAUGUGAUGGAGUCUCUACAGAAACAUUCCAAGAUCAGCGGCAGAGACUUAUUUUGUUGGAAAGAAUUUGUAUCAAAGUGCCUUGCAGAGUAUGCUUCAAGCAAAUGUUCAAAGCCAAAUGUACAAAAGCUAAAAUGGAUUGUAUCGGGUCGCACAGCAAGACAGCUGAAGCACAGUUGUUACAGGAUAGCACAUUUACCCACAAUUCCAGAAACUGGCUUUUGAUGUUGAAGGUUCUACAAGUGAAAAGGGCAUACGAAUGGUGUGAUUUUAUAAUUUUAUGGACUUUGGAGCACUUGUUUGGAAAGCACAACUGUGAAACCUAAAGAGAAAAUGGCAGCUAGUUUUAAUUUUUCUUUAGCAUAAAACUUUUUAGCAAGUUUUUAGGUAGGGAAAUAUAUACAGUUCGAAGACAUUACUAAUGGAUAUACUGUAAUGGAAAAUGUGACUGCACUGUUUAGUGAGGCUGUAUAAGCAGAACUUCAGUGUAACAAAUCUACACAAAUAUGGCUACAUACAUGCUCCGUGAAGAGAGGGAGGCAUCAAAGGGCUUCUGCAGUUUCUUCCUCUAAUAACAUGCCUUAUUAGAAAUAUUGCAGGCAUCUCGAGCCAAUGCAUUGAGGUAGUCUUCCCCACUCCCCUGCAAUUCUUACUUUUAUCUGCAGCAAUGUUGCAUAAAAUUAUUAUCAGUAUUUUUAUAAGCAACAAAAUGUGGAAACGAAUGGGAUCCCUCAGUGUUGCUAUACAGGAGGAACUAAUGUAGAGGUUGACUUUUUUUUUUAGUAAGGCUCCAUGCACACCGGUGUAAAAAAAAAAAAGCGUUGCUUCUACAGAAGUUUUGUGUUCUGCUUGUAGAAGCAACUCAAUUAUCCUAUAUGGCCAUGCACAUUAAGACGAUUACAGGCAUAUUUUUAAAUUAACCUUCAGAGGCAGGAAAAACCUUCUCAUUCUCGUUUCUGAUUGGAGCUCAGUGGCAGAAAAAAAAUUAAAACUCCCCUAAACUUUGUAUAAAAAAUGCUUUUGUAUGAGCGUUUUUUUAUUUUUUUUACUCCCAAAGAGGACAGAAUUUUUUUUUUUUUUUUUAGCUCAGUGUUCAUGGAGACUUAAUGUAGAGUACCCCUUGUACUUAUAAUCUAUAAAAAAAAAGUUAAUUUAAGGCUAAUUCAUGGAUAUGUUUCCAUUAUGCAAGGUCAACUUUGCAGUUCAGUUCUUAGAAUUCAGAAAACUGUAGUAAAAGCCUAUACAGUUGAUUGCUUGCAGUGACUUGUACUCUUCUUACUUUAUAGCUGAGCAGACAGAAAUAUAAAGCCAGUGUACUACUGCGUUUAGCUUGAGGACUCUUUCACACUUGAGCAUUGUGGCAACCUGCACGGUUUUCAUCCAUUGUAUUAUGCUGGCAGCCCAUUCAUAAAAAAGGGCUGCCUUAAUACAAUGCACAUGAGUAGCUGCUAUAACCUGCAUUGAUGCACCCCAUUAGAAUGCUGAAGUGUGAAUGGGCCCUGAUUAAAAUCAGGUCAAGAAAAUUACACUACUAUUUAAAGCAAGGAUUGACAACAUCCAGGUUACUCAACUCCGAAAGAAUCCAGCAAUGCAAAAAUGAGUACAGAAUGUUUGCAAUCUUUGAUCUAAAAUGUAAACCUAAGUCCCAUAUAUUUCUCAAAAGGAAAAAAAAAAAAUGCACUUUAGUUUUUGAAUUUGUUUUAUUUGUGACAUUGCAUUGCUAAAUAUUUAAUAUAGAUCUGCCUCCCUGUGCUAGUUUGCCGUUCAAACUUUUUGCACAGUUGAAAAAUGUAUGGCACUUGUUUCUGAACGAGGCAGAUUAAACUUCUAAACACAACUGCCUACUCCUAGUAAAGAGCAACCUCUGCUGUUUAAGGGCUUGUGUAGAAUUUUAGGUACAAUCCUUUUUUCACACUAGUUAAAAGGACAAAAUGGCCUUUAGGCUUGACUUUAAAGUCUAAGGCAUGUUUAAGGUUGUUGGUGAAACCUUAGCGGUUCAUAUUUAAACAUGGUAGGUGUCUGUUGUAGCGACCCCACACACAAGUUGUUCUCCGCUAUCCUGCGUAUCACACCUGAUUUAGUGAAGCCAUGGUCUGCUAGGUGAAAAGUGAAUAGGACAAGAUCUUCUUUCACUCCAUUCGUUUGAAGACUAGUUUCUGUACAUGACCUGACACCCUUCCAACGCCAGAAGGGAGACAGGGGGAAAAAAACAGUGUUUAAGGCCUUUCUGGUUCUGUUGUCAUUUGUGACAAAUCUGUUAACAGCAGAUUAUUGUAACUAGGGAAUAUUUGGAACUAAAGUAAAUGCGCUGAGUAGAUGUACCAAAUGUCACCUGUAAAUCUUUAGGGCAAAAGCAACAUGCAGAUGCAAAUUUAGCCACCUUUUUUUAUAUCGGAUUGCUACACACAUUUUCAUGUAUACUUUUCUUUUACAAAAAGUGAUAUAUUUUUUUUUACUAGCUAGGUGUUUAUGGUUAGCAUAUGUAUGUGGAGAAACAUGGGGGGGGAUUGGCUUCUACGGCAGUUAAAAAGCACAACCAGUUGGCAGUCCAUAUAGCAUCCCAGAACUCCUAAAAUUUGGGGUGCUUUAUACUACUGCUUUAUCCUACUGCAAUAAUCCUUCCUAAUUGGUGCUAGCCUUAUGCAUUCCUGAUGAGCUUUGGGCUCUUUCACACCAGCACAGUGGGCUAAUGCACUGCAUGUGGUAUUGAUGCAUUGCCAUAUAUUUUUAAUGGCAUCCCAAUGCACCACAGUACAUUACCAUGCAAGAUGUGUUAUACUGAAAGUGUCCACAGUUGUACUAUGAGCACCCUUACUAACCAAUAGUAAGGCAAUAUCAGGAUUUGGGCUUUAAUCCCAGGUUAGGAGGCUUGGCAAUUUACUUGCUGUACAUUGCACCCCGAGUUUUGGGUACAGUGGCUCUAAUGCAGCAUGUAAGUGCUAACUGGUAUUAACUGCCACUUCUCUCACCCCCCCACACCACACACAAGUCCAGUAUACUGAGAUCUCAUAUAUGCCUAUGCUGUGAUGUAGCCUGAUAUAACGAUUUUUUUUUUUGUUUUGUUUUUUAACUACAAAGCAUUGAAAUGACUGCUUGGUAAAAUUGCUUAUGUAGUUUAACCCUAAAGUGCCCCUGUUGUAGCAUAUGUACAGUAUGGGAAAUGCUAUGUGUUAAGCUCAGACAGGGAAUGUGUAAUUUGAGUUAAACAAAUGGUGACUAGCAUAUUACCCAUCACUAGAUACGCUGCUCAGUGGUAGGUCUGCACAUUUUGGAGGGCUAAAACCAUGCAGCAACAAACAGAAAGUGCCUCUGUUAAUUAAGCAAUGUACCUUUCAAUAAAUGUAUUGAAAAGAA